CGGCCCAACGAUUAGGAAACUAAUUAUUCGUAUUACCGGGCGGCGGAGCGAGGCGACAAGGGGGAAAAGGAGCAGAAGCAUCGCAUCUCGAAUCCGCGUCCUGCCAUCUCUAUUCUUCCCCUUCCUUCCUUCCGUUCCUCGCCUUCUUCCUCCUUCCCCAAGGCGAGCAUCAGCGGCAGAUUGAUUCGAUUUCGAUCCCGUCCCCAGAUUUUCUUCACCUCCCGAUCGCUCCAGACAGCCUCCGCAAUCCCCUCCCCGAGGAGCCCCCCCACAACGUGCGUGCUCGCACACUCGCACUCGGCUCCAUUAUUAAUUCCCCUUCCCCGUCCGUACUUCCAAAACCUCCCCGUCUUCCUCUCCUCCAUCUCGUUCCACUCCCGCACGGCCGCAUUGCUCGGCCGCGUCGCAGCGGCUUCAUCCCUGCAUUUUGUUUUGGGUUUGUUGGAUUUGGUUUGGUUUGGUUUGGUUGCGAGGAGGGUUUGUUCGAUCGGAGCGGGCGAGGGGAGGAAUCGAGAAAUGUGGGCGGUGGAGCGGGUGGUGGGGGAGCGGCGGAUGCGGGAGAUCCAGCGGUUCGCCCGGAACGCCAAGCUCACCGUGCUCUGCCUCCUCCUCACCGUCGUCGUGCUCCGCGGCACCCUCGGGGCCGGCCGCUUCGGCACGCCGCAGCAGGACCUCAUCGAGCUCCGCCACCGCUUCAUCUCCCACCCGCAGCGCGCGCUUGCCGAGCACCACGACGCCAGGUCCAGGGCCUCCAACUCCGCCGCGGGGAAGGUCGCCGACCGGGAUGACGAGCCGGACCCGCCGCCGAGGACUCUCAGGGACCCGCCCUACACCCUGGGCCCCAAGAUCUCCGACUGGGACGAGCAGCGGGCCGCCUGGCACCGCCGCCACCCGGAGUCCCCGCCCUUCCUCAACGACGUCAAGCCGCGGGUGAUGCUAGUCACGGGGUCCUCGCCCAAGCCCUGCGAGAACCCCGUCGGCGACCACUACCUGCUCAAGUCCAUCAAGAACAAGAUGGACUACUGCCGCAUCCACGGCCUCGAAAUCUUCUACAACAUGGCGCUGCUCGACGCCGAGAUGGCUGGGUUCUGGGCCAAGCUCCCGCUCCUCCGGGCGCUGCUCCUCGCGCACCCGGAGGUCGAAUUCCUCUGGUGGAUGGACUCCGACGCCAUGUUCACCGACAUGGCAUUCGAGCUGCCAUGGGAGCGGUACGGCCCCUACAACUUCGUCAUGCACGGCUGGGAUGAGAUGGUCUACGACGACAAGAACUGGAUUGGUCUUAACACGGGUAGCUUCUUGGUGCGCAACUGCCAAUGGUCGCUUGAUUUCCUUGAUACCUGGGCGCCGAUGGGGCCGAAGGGUCCUGUCCGUAUUGAGGCUGGGAGAGUGCUCACCAAGCACUUGAAGGACCGGCCAGUCUUUGAAGCCGACGAUCAGUCGGCCAUGGUGUAUAUCCUUGCUACCCAGCGCGAGAAAUGGGGUAAUAAGGUGUAUCUUGAAAAUGGAUACUAUCUCCAUGGCUAUUGGGGGAUCUUGGUGGACAGGUAUGAAGAGAUGCUUGAGAAUUACAAGCCAGGGCUUGGUGAUCAUCGGUGGCCACUGGUCACUCACUUUGUCGGGUGCAAACCGUGUUCGAAAUUCGGGGAUUACCCCGUUGAGAGAUGCCUCAAGCAGAUGGACCGUGCUUUCAAUUUUGGAGAUAACCAGGUCUUGCAAAUGUAUGGGUUUGAGCACAAGUCUCUUGCGAGCAGGAGGGUCAAGAGAAUCAGGAACGAGACCAGCAACCCACUUGAGGUGAAAGAUGAUCUUGGGUUGCUCCAUCCAUCCUUCAAGGCCAUGAAGACUACUACGUGAUAAUUAUAGUAAAAUCCACUUAUUUUGUUGGUUCGUUCUAGAUCCUCUUGGAUCAAAAUCUUAUAAGUUCUUUUUGUAGACUCAGGGUGAAAACAAAGUUUGGGUUGGUAUCACGGGAUGGAUAUCUAUGUUGUACUGUGAGAUUUUAGAGCAUGAUGUUAUGUUUAUUGUUGGCAUAAUCGAUGUCUCACACUUCUAGAAAUUGAGUUAGUGAAGGGAAUUCUUCAGUUAAUUGGUCACUACUCUCUAGUCUCUAUAUAAUUUAUCUGUAGAAUUCCUAC